GAGGAUUCCAUGGCAGUUUGUUGCUCUGACAAGUCUGCCCUUUAUAUAAGAAUGGUAAAAAAGAGGAAGUUAUCUUUUCUGUUCUUCGGAUAACUUCAGCUUCUGCCUCUACUGAUGUCUCUGCCAACGUCUCUGCCGUCAGUGAGCAUCCAGAGUUCAUCCUGCAUCUUCUGACUGAUCAAAUCAAAGACAUGUAAAACAUUAGUGGUAGUCUCUAGUAGGAAUUUUUAUUCACAGUGAUGCACAUCCCAAACAGAAGUAUCCAGGCUGCCAACAUAUUCUUCUCCUCUGGGGCCAUACUUCUGCUGGUAGCAGGACUCAUCAUGGAAAACUGGGUGGAGUUGGUUCCCAGACUGAGAAAGGAUAAAACUACCCACAGUCCGUGGCUGGGAUGCUGUCCUUCUUUUUGGCCUGAAGAAAGCCUGGAGUCGAUCCGACAGAUGAUGAUGAUAACGCUCAACAUUGCCAUCUACCUAAACCUGAUCAUAGGUCUGCAGUUCACCUACAUGAUUUCUCAAAAUAAGUGUGCGCAUCUCUUUGUUGGCUUCCUGAGUUUCUUCGCAGGUUGCCUUUUGUUCUAUGCAAUUAUUGUGUAUCAUCACAAGCUAAAUAAAGGACAGUAUGUGUACUACGUUAAUUACAAGAUGAAAUGGAUAGCUUUCACUGUCUACCUAACGAUCGCCCUCUUUCUGACCUGUGGUAUCUUCUGUUUCAUACAGACCACGAAUAGAUGUGCAUGCAUGAAAUUCUGUGUGCCCCAUACAGAAAGUAAAGACCAAGAGAUGACCGAGAGUACAAUCCAAGUUAUCUCACUACCACCACGAUCCGAAAUGCCCCGGAGCAUUGUCCAUGUGCACACUGUGUCCUCAAAGGAUGGUUCCGUGCCCAGAUCACAAAUUCAAGCACGGCGUGUAACCUGGGCACUAUGACUUGACCAUCUGUACCUUUCAGUACUACCUGACAUUGUUCUGGAAUUAUCUGUGUGUUUUUAAUUAUUCAUUUGUGUAUGGCAAUGAAAGAUUCAGAAAAAAAAAGUCUGUUUUUAAAUCCUGGCCUGAUAAACAAUUUCCUCUAAUUUGUUAUUAAUAUAAAAACCUGAAAUAAAUAGUAUUUGCUGCACUGUUAACUCUAUAACAGUAUGGAACGCUUUCUUUUCUAAUUUUACUGUGUAAUGUUUUGAACAUAUUGAUGGGAAGACAAAGCAAUAUGAUAAACACCCAUGGACACGUCACUCUAUGAAUUUUCAAAUUUAUGUCAUUUAUUAUUUCCACAUUUCUAUUGGAAGAGUUUUUUUUUUUACUUAAAAAUUAUGUUCCUCUAGACAUUUUCCUAAUUUCGCCUUUAUUUCCCAUAAUAAAACAGUUUUCAGG